UCUCUACACUUGCGUGUAAGCUUUUAAAAACCCAUUUUUAUUUUCGCUUCCAAGAAAGAUAACAACACCCCAAAUACAACUUCCCCCAAAAGCCCAAGCAAGAAGAGAGAGAGAGAGAGAGAGAGAUAUGAAGUCAAACACAAAUCCUGAAAAUUCUAUCUCUUCCCUCUUUAGUCAGAUUCUGGCGGGUCUCUGAUCGGGACUCUGAUGGUUUUUCCGAUCGUCGUCAGGCGCUGAUGGGUAGUGGAGGAGGAUAUGGAGGAAGGGUAUUUUGGUAAAAGGACAGGGCAACAGCAGGAACAAGAAAGGAGGAGUAGGUGGUUCCCUUUUCGUUUGGAAGAUAGAGGAAGAAGGGAUGAGAAAGGCGAAAGGAAGUGGUAGGACUAAUGGUGGGAUUCUGCCUAAUUCGUUAAAGAUUAUUUCUUCUUGCUUGAAGACGGUCUCUACCAAUGCUAGCACCGUCGUUCGCUCCGCCGGUGCCUCUGUUGCCGCCUCGAUUGCAGUCGCUGCGGCGUCUGAUGUUGAGAAGGACCAGGUAUUGUGGGCUGGUUUUGACAAGCUUGAGCUUUGUCCAACUAUCUUCCGACAUGUUCUUUUACUUGGUUAUACCAACGGCUUUCAAGUUAUUGAUGUCGAGGAUUCCUCUAAUUUCCAUGAACUCGUCUCAAAGCGUGAUGGCCCGGUUACAUUUUUACAAAUGCAGCCCAUUCCAGUUAAUUCGGAGGCUCAUGAGGGAUUCAGAGCAUUGCAUCCUUUACUGUUGGUUGUUGCAGGUGAUGAGGAUGAUGGCUCAGAUAUGGUUCGAGGUGCCCAUUUGAGCGGGCCAAUUAGAGAUAAUACUAGUGAGCCUCAAUCAGGAAAUUUCAUUUCCACUCCUACAGUUGUUCGGUUUUAUUCACUAAAAUCCGACAGUUAUGUGCAUGUUCUGAGAUUCAGAUCUGCUGUACAUAUAAUUCGAUGCAGUCCUCGAAUAAUCGCAGUCGCUCUUACAUCACAGAUAUACUGCUUUGACGCCGUCACUCUUGAGAAUAAAUUCAGUGUGCUGAGUUAUCCCAUACCCCAGGGAGGACAAGGAAUGGCAGGGGUUAACAUUGGUUAUGGUCCAAUGGCUGUGGGCCCAAGAUGGUUAGCUUAUGCUUCCAACAAUCCUGUCUUGUCAAACACAGGCCGUCUAAGUCCACAAAAUCUUACACCUUCUCCAGGUGUCAGUCCAUCAACUUCACCCGGCAGUGGGAACUUGGUGGCCCGCUAUGCGAUGGAGUCUAGUAAACAGUUGGCUGCUGGAAUAAUUAACCUUGGGGACAUUGGAUACAAGACAUUGUCUAAAUACUGCCAAGAGCUUCUACCUGACGGUUCCAACUCUCCUAUAUCAUCGAACACGAGCUGGAAAGUCAGCAGAGUUACAUCUGCCGUGCAUCCAAGUGAAACAGAUAAUGCUGGAAUGGUUGUUGUUAAGGACUUUGUUUCAAAGGCUAUUAUUUCACAAUUCAGAGCACAUACCAGUCCAAUAUCUGCACUCUGCUUUGAUCCAAGCGGUACCCUAUUGGUUACUGCCUCUGUGCAUGGCAACAAUAUAAAUGUCUUUCGCAUUAUGCUGUCAACCAUGCAAAAUGGUUCAAACUCUGCACGCUAUGAUUGGACUUCAUCCCAUGUGCAUCUUUACAAGCUAUAUCGUGGACUAACAACAGCUGUCAUACAAGACAUCUGCUUUAGUCAUUCUAGCCAGUGGGUAGCAAUUGUAUCAUCCAGGGGGACAUGUCAUAUUUUUGUCUUAUCCCCAUUUGGUGGCGAUGUUGGUCUUCAGACACAAAGCGUACAUAGUGAUGGGCCGAUCCUUUUGCCAAGUCUAUCAUUGCCAUGGUGGUCAACUUCCUCUUGCGUGAUAAAUCAGCAACCUCGGUCGCCCCCACCUCCUUUAACACUUUCCGUAGUCAGCAGGAUAAAAAAUGGCAGCUUCAGAUGGCUCAAUACAGUGAGCAAUGCUGCUGCUUCUGCAACUGGAAAGAUAAAUGUGCCGUCCGGUGCAAUUACUGCUGUUUUCCAUAAUUCCAUUCAUCAAAUUCUUCAGCCUGUUCAUGCAAAGGCCAACUCGUUGGAGCACCUUUUGGUUUACUCUCCAUCUGGUCAUGUAAUCCAACACGAGCUUCUGCCAUCAUCAGGUGUUGAGUCAUGUGAUACUAGUUUGCGAACAGGUCCUGGCCCUUAUGUUCCGAUUCAAGAUGAGGAGUUGCGGGUGAAGGCGGAACCUGUUCAGUGGUGGGAUGUCUGCCGAAGGUCGAAUUGGCCGGAAAGGGAGGAAAGCCUUUCAAGUGUUACCUUUGAUAGACUGGUAACAACAGAGGUGGUCAUGGAUACUUCGGAUUGUGAAGAUAAUGAUCCAAAGUCUUCAAAGUCAUUUAACAGUAGUGCAAUGGGAAAAGAUGUGGUAAGAACCCAUGAAAGGUCCCACUGGUACCUUUCCAAUGCUGAAGUGCAGAUAAGCUCAGGGAGGAUACCGAUAUGGCAGAAAUCUAAGAUUUGCUUCCGUACAUUGAUGCCUUCGAAUGCCAGUGAAAGAAAGCUUGCCAAUGAUUGUUCUGGUGGAGAGAUUGAAAUAGAAAAGAUCCCAGUUCAUGAGGUUGAAAUAAGGAGAAAGGAUUUAAUGCCUGUUUUUGAGCAUCUUCAGAGCAUCAAACCGGAUUGGGUUGACAGGGGCCUUGUUGGAGGUAGAUAUCCAAGUUCUUCCUCUUUGGAGUGCCACCAAACUAAAGACAAAUUCAUGGAAGAGAAGGUUAUUAGGCGCUCCUUGUCUACAUCAUCAGGAUCAGGGGAAAGCUCACAUGUUGGAAAGCUCUCAUGUGGAUCAGCUAGAACAACUGACAAUUUGCCUGACUUGGAUCAAAUGAAUCCAGUGGGAAGCUGCGAACCUGUCACCUUGCUAGCAAUGGAGAAGCCGAUUCCUCAAGGAUCUGUACGGGGCUCGACUAUAAUGGACCAUUGCCAAUCUCCUAGGAUACCAAAAGAGAACUAUGACCAUGGUUGUGUAUCUUUUCUUUCUGGGCUUUCAAACUUAGGCGAUGGCUGCAUCGCAAAUGGUCCGUCCUCUUUAGAGAGCGACGCAUCUUGUGUUGGAAGACAAGUCACCAAAGGUGCUCUCUCUUCGAACAAUGUUGUGAGCAGUGAAGUCUGGAAUGCCUCUGGUUCAAACCCUUCUGAAUCGAGUUUAAACAUUCACACAGAGACUGAACGCGCCGACUCGCACAAUUCACUGGAUUUUGCUCAAUAUUUUCACGAGGGCUAUUGUAAAAUAUCAGAACUCGAUGAUUGCCGUGAGUUGACUGAGGUUGUUACUGAUGCUGACAGCAGCAGCAGCCACUGCGAGAGAGAAAAGCCCGAGGAAGAUGGUGACAAUGACGACAUGCUUGGUGGCAUGUUUGCCUUUAGCGAAGAAGGUUAAUGGGUGCCCCACAAAUCCAUUCAAGUGUAUAAAAAAAAAACGAAAAAAGAAAAAAAGAAAAAGCCAAACUCAUGCCACCCUCAAGCCCAUUCACAUUUCAAAAUCGUGUACAAAGGUUGGUGACAUUUCAUUUGCAAUAGUAGUCCAAGGGCAGGGUUAUCUUUGAGCCCCUUUACAAGCUUUAAUCAUUGCAGCUGUCUGUCCUGCAUUGAUAUUUCACCUUUAUAAGGAGAAGACGUAACUGAUUCAAGAGACGACACCCCCCAAAAACCAUUCUGUAUAAUGGAGAAGAUACUGACCCGGAAACCCAAUUGCUGAAGUUGUGCCAAAAGAGACUUCUCCUCUCUCUCCCUCUCUCUCAACCAAUGUACAUGCUGUAGAUGGAGAUUCAGAAAUUCUUGGAUUGUCGAGUUCGUAUGACGUGGGGAAGUUUGCUGCGCUCUUGGUAUUGUAGGAGUAGCAUCUGUUUCUCUUUUAGGAGAUGGAACUUUCUAUCAUGUCUGAUGGUUGUACAGAAUUUUAUCUGUUUGGACAGGUUCUUUGCUGAGCUGAUGAUUGGUGGGGACAUUCCUAAAUGUCUCUGAAUGAAUGAAAUUGGGUUCUUUUAUUGCA